AUGGUGAUCACCGGUGCAAGCUGGAUGCUUGGACGCGGUGUCAGUCCAACGCAGACCCCGCCCACGACGUCGGCGAUUCGUGUAGCCCGCCGGUCCCGCGCGGCUCUCGUUGCCAUGGUGAUCACCGCCACUGGCUCUGACGGACCAGGCAGCGCCGAGCCCCAGCUUUCGCAGCCACCGGUGACUAGGAGCAGGAGACCCCUCCCGACUCUACUUCCACUGCCUGAGCUGUGUCAUGCCUCACAGCCCAGUAAGGACUCUGGAAGAAUGAGGUCCUCCCUGACACCUUUGGGGCCCCCCGUGAGCCGUGACCGUGUCAUCGCCACCUUCCCUAAGUGGUACACGCCAGAAGCCUGUUUGCAGCUCAGGGAGCACUUCCACAGGCAGGUCAGCGCUGCCUGCCAACGCAGAAACACGGGGACUGUCGGGCUCAAACUCUCCAAGGUGGUGGUGGUUGGCGAUCUCUACGUGGGGAAGACCAGCCUCAUCCACAGGUUUUGCAAGAACGUUUUUGACCGAGACUACAAGGCCACCAUUGGGGUGGACUUUGAAAUUGAGCGCUUUGAGAUUGCUGGAAUUCCCUAUAGCCUCCAGAUCUGGGACACAGCUGGGCAGGAGAAGUUCAAGUGUAUCGCAUCUGCCUACUACCGGGGCGCCCAGGUGAUCAUCACGGCCUUUGACCUCACUGACGUAAAGACCCUGGAGCACACCAGGCAGUGGCUGGAAGAUGCUCUGAGGGAGAACGAGGCAGGCUCCUGCUUCAUCUUCCUCGUGGGAACCAAGAAGGACCUUCUGUCAGGAGCGGCAUGUGAGCAGGUCGAAGCAGAGGCCGUGCACCUGGCCAAGGAGAUGCAGGCCGAGUACUGGUCGGUGUCGGCCAAGACCGGCGAGAACGUGAAGGCAUUCUUCAGCCGUGUAGCCGCCCUGGCAUUCGAGCAGUCGGUGCUGCAGGACCUGGAGCGGCGGAGCAGUGCCCGGCUCCAGGUCGGCGAUGGAGAACUAAUCCGAAUGGAAGGGAGUCCACCUGAGACCCAGGAAAGCAAGAGGUCCUCCAGCCUGGGCUGCUGCUAGCUGGGGCCUGCGUGGAAGGCCUCUGCUCCCUGCACGCACACAGACGGGAACUUCCGUGACUGGAGCAGAGACUGGAGCCCGAGCUCUGCAGUGGGUCUGCCCUC